GGCUGGGGCGCCGUCUUGAGGUGCGGGGGCCUCUCCUCGCUGGUAUCUCACAGGCUCCUUGCAGCCCCCUCUUGGCUCUUGUCCAAUGUCCCCGCCAGCACAGGGAACUCUGCAGGCAUGUGAUGCUUCCCACGGCCGUGUGCUGUGGAUUGGGAGGCUGCCGCAGAGAGCAAAGAGCUACCCCAGUUCUGUGUUUUCAUUUCGGCUGGUUUUUCUUUAAAUAUUUGGGUUAACUGGGUCCUGGCAAUGCUGUUUCUGCAGCCCUGGUGUGGAGAGCCAGCAAGCACUUGGUCAGCCCAUCUGGAGGCGAAUAGCACUGGACAGAGUCCCGGAGGCGGCAGCAGGUCCUGAGAAGCGCUCCUCCCGCGUGUAACCCUUUGUGGGUGCUGCGGAUAAACCAUCCUUGUCUUAAGCAUGGGGAUUUUGUGUCCACUUUUCCUGAUAUCUGUACAGAGGAGCUGCGUGAAGCAGUAAUUUGAAUCUCUGCCUGAGGAAAGCCGAGCCUGGGCAUCGUCGUGGAGAUUAUCUGAUUGUUCUUUGGAUUUAAUGCCGUGAGAAAUCUUGCUUUAAUCACAGCACCUGGCUUCCAGCGAGGAUUCUGCUCUUAGUUGAUUUGCAUGCUGGGGUACGGUGGCACACAGAAGGUCAAAUGACGUGUCCGAGGUCUCAAGAUUCAGAGGGGUAAGCCAGCUUCCAGCCUACACUGCUCAGAAUUGUUUUUCUCAGCUCUGUCAACGCCUCUGAGCUCCUCGCUGCAAGCAAGAGGACAGGGUCACCCCGAGCCAUGUCCAACGACCCUCCGCCACCCUACCCGGGAGGCCCCUCGGCACCACUGAUAGAAGAGAAGCACGGUCCACCCCCCGCAGCAGAUGGCGUCACCCCCAUUGUGGGACAGCCCCAGGGGGUUCCCAUCCCUCCUCCUGAGUUUGGGCCUCCCCCAUACGAGCCACCCUCGCAGCCGGGGUUCGUGCCCCCCCACAUGCCCACAGACAGUGCUGGGCCCUACGUGCCACCUGGUUAUUACCCACCCCCAGGCCCUCACCCCCACAUGGGCUACUACCCCACCCCGGGCCACUACCCAUCUCCUGGCGGCCACACGGCGACAGUGCUUGUCCCAUCGGGGGCUGCCACCACGGUGACAGUGCUGCAGGGCGAGAUCUUCCAGGGUGCCCCUGUGCAGACGGUGUGUCCCCACUGCCAGCAAGCCAUCACCACCAAGAUCACCUAUGAGAUCGGGCUCAUGAGCUUCCUUCUUGGCUUCCUCUGCUGCUUCGUGGGGUGUGAUCUCUGCUGCUGCCUGAUCCCCUGCCUGUUCGAUGACUUCAAGGACGUGACACACACAUGUCCCAACUGCAAGGCCUAUAUCUACACGUACAAGCGCAUGUGCUAACAGCACCCUUGGAGCCUGAGCCGCUGGAAUGACACCGGCCUCUCUCCUGCUGCCGUCCUAGUCUAUGCGUGUGCAACACUCCUUCGCUUAACUCUCCGGCAGUGUGUACAUGUGUCCCUGCUCCCUCCCACUCAGAGCUGUGACCACUUUCCCCAGCUCUGGUCCUCACUGUAAAAGGUUGGAUUUGUGAUGCUGGCAAUGGGUGCACAGCGGAGGAGGGCCCAGGCCCUAGAUGCUGUGUGUGGGGCUGCCCUGCAGCAUGCAGGAAUGAGGUGGGGGGGCGCACACAAUUAUGCACCCCCCCCCUUAUGCUCCAGAGCACUAGCAAGGCUGCUCUUGCCUGCAGCAACCCAGGAAAGAGCAGCAGGUGGUGGUGGUGGUGGUGCCCACCCCUCACUGCCCCGCAGUGUCUGGCUGGAGGGACAUGCUGCCCCCAGAAGAGGGAGCUGCCACAGGCAGGGGGUGGGGGGGAACCUGAGCACCCCACAGCACACACAGUGGGGGGAGCAGCACAGACCCUGCUAGGAAGGGGAUCAGUGUCAAGGAGACAGGGAGGGCUGUGCCACGGGUGGCAGGUUUCAGUGUGGUUGAGGGGCCUCUCCAGCCAGGUCAGCACGCAGCCUUCCCAACGGGAGCCAGGCAAAGCCACCUUCAAGGCAUGGGGGGAAAUAGCAGCUGCCUUGUCCUGGGCAUGCACCUUCACCUUCAUCAGCACCUCCGUCCUGCCAGAGCAGCACCGCAGCUGCUCCCGCUGCAUGCGCCUCCUCCAGCCUCUGCUGUGGCUCUGGCAGGGAAGAAAAGCCCCUGGCAGUUCCUCGCCCACCUGGCAAACUGGGCAAAAAUGCAUCCAGCAUGUUGCUGCCUGCCCAGCGCUGUAGAUUAGAGGCAUUUGUUACCAGACCACAGCUCUGGAGCAGACCCAUGCCUGCCCACUGCAGAGCCGUGUCCCCAGCGGGUAUGUGGGCGCCCACGCUGCAGCACCCGUCCUGCCCCCACCACGGCUGCACCCUGUGGGAUUCUUUGUUGCAUGUGGGUGUAGGGGUUUAUUUUUAGCUCACUUGCUAUGGGGCAAAAAGAAGGGGGCAAGCAGGCACAGACAGGAGCUGCCAGCAGCACUAUGACAGACAAGGGCAAGGGGAUCUGGGACCCAUUUCUGCAUCCCAGUCCCUGCCCUGUCCCCAGCCCCUGGCAGCCAGGGCCACUGGAGCAUGCAGCCCCCUCAGAGCAAAGCAGGGGAGGGGUCUCUCGGUCUGCAAACACAGCCUUGCCAGCACAGGCAGCUGCUGUUUGCUCAGAGAUGGAACUGUGGCACUAGUCAGUGUUUUUAUGUAAAUAAAUAACAGACCCUGAA